UCACAACGGGUCUGGUUUACCCGGCACCGCAAGCAAAACCCCGAGUAGUUGAGGCACCUGAAGAGAGAGAGGGCUUUCUGGAUGGGAAGAUUCUCGCACUUACCAUGGCGACUAUCCUUUCAAGAACCCUGAAUCAUCUCCGCUACGUUAAUCGAAAUCUCAGCCAAUGGAGAUCAUCGAUGCCUUCUCCACCAGUUUCCGAGACGACUUCGAAUCGAGCUCUUCCUCUUCUUCAAUCGGUUGUACCUCUAGGGCUCGGAAUUCAGUCUUCAGCCUUAUAUCAGAGAUGUCUGUUUAGUAGUUCUGCUGCCACUGUUAAUCCAGAAAAUCAAACAUCAAAAAGUUCUGUAGACGCUAAAUCUGGCAAUGGAAAACACUCCGGAGGAUCACACGAGAGCAGUGACGCUGGAAAAUCUGUUCGCGGAGGGCCCAUUUCAUGGUUAAGUUUUCUUUUGCUCGUUGCUACUGGAGCUGGAGUAAUCUUCUACUAUGACAAGGAAAAGAAACGACACAUUGAAGAAAUUAAUAAUGCUUCAAAGGCAGUAAAAGAGGGACCUUCUGUGGGCAAAGCAGCCAUUGGAGGCCCAUUUAACCUCAUCAACCAUGAGGGGAAACAUGUAACUGAAAAGAACUUUUUGGGGAAAUGGACGUUGGUAUAUUUUGGCUUCACUCACUGCCCUGAUAUUUGUCCAGAUGAGCUACAAAAGUUAGCUGCUGCAGUUGAUAAAAUAAAGGAAAAAGAAGGGUUUGAAAUUAUUCCUCUUUUCAUCUCUGUGGAUCCUGAGAGGGAUAAUGUUGAGCAAGUAGGCGAAUAUGUCAAAGAAUUCCAUCCAAAGUUAAUUGGGUUGACGGGUACAUUGGAUGAGAUACGGAAUGUUGCUCGUGCAUAUCGAGUUUAUUAUAUGAAGACAGCAGAGGAAGAUUCCGAUUAUCUGGUUGAUCACUCGAUUGUCAUGUACUUGAUGGGUCCUGAUAUGGACUUUGUAAAAUUCUUUGGGAAAAACAAUGAUGUUGAUUCGCUUACUGAUGGCGUUAUCAAAGAGAUCAAGCGGUACAAGAAGUAGAAUUAUUACUCUUUCCUCUAAACACACUUUUUGAAUGGUCAAUUUUGAAAAUUCUCGGCAACACAGUACCUUUUUUUUUUUGGAAAUUCCUGGAGAUUGUUCUCAGGAGAUAAUUGUUCUACUUGGGAUCGGAAAUUUUGUAUUAAACAUUGAGCUUCUAGAUGAUCUACGUGAUUGUCAUGG